CGACAGCCUGGAGCAGGCAGAGCCCCAGUUCUGGGCCCAGCGCAGGCAGACUCCCAAGUCCGGGGCCCAGAAAGCGUCAUUGCAGUUGGCAGAGACUGUUGGCAUGAGAGCCUAGGUGAGACGGGCCAGUGCCUCAGCCCUGGCGGGCAGGGCGAGGCUGAGGCCUCGCUCACAGCCUGAGGUGAUGGUACAGACUGAGGGUGGGUACCUGGGAACUGUGAGAAAGCCAGGCCUCCGUGGGCACGGCAGGGUGGAGCCCGUCCAGCCACUGGGUGAUGGGAAUGAGGGCCUGGCAGCAACAGGGCAGGGGACUCACCGCCUCCCCCAGCCCACCAGACACAGCAUCAUCCACGUUCAGCCAGCAGGAAGCAUCUGGUGCUGCCCUUUGCUGCAAACAAGCACUCCAGGAUAUUUUCUCCAAGAUUUUGUGGAUAUGUUGUGUAAUCAGAAGCUUCACCAGUCCUGGGAACUGCUUUUCCAUCACUCGGUGGUGAUUAUCUGCUUUAGCUUGACAGUGCUGGUUCAUCAAUAUAUUGGAUUCGCUCUUGUGGCUUUGCUUGUAGAGAUUAACUCCAUCUUCCUGCACCUGCGACAGAUUCUGCUAAUGGCCAACCUGGUGCACAGCACCUGUUACCGCCUCAACAGCAUCAUAAAUCUGGCCACCUACAUAGUGUUUCGCAUCACGACCCUGGCCUGGAUGACACGCUGGCUGGUCCUGAACCGUGAGAACAUACCGCUGGCAACAUAUACUGUGGGCACAGUGGGCAUGGCCAUCAUGACACCCAUGAACAUCAUCCUCUUCUACCGCUUACUGCGCAGUGACUUCCUCAAGUCCAGCCGGGAGGCGUGGCGGGAGAAGGAGAAAUAGUCCUGCCCCCAUUGCCCUGCAGGCUGUUGAGGAAAUCAGCAGUCCAGGGGUCGGAGAGGAGGGACUGCAGCCAGCGGAGAGUAAGCACUGAUGUGGACAGGAGUGCGUCAGUGUCUUGUUUGAAGGAAUGGAGGACAAUGACAGUCCUCUCAAGAUGAGAUUCCUGGGCUUUCCUGGGGGUUGCAGUUGCUUUAUAACACCACCUGACAGCUGUGGGGAGACCGAGUGGACAUGGCAGGGAAGGAAGGCCUUUCCAGGCCAGAAUUCAGGGCUUUGUUUCCUCUCUGCACUCUCUGCUGGGAUGAUCGGUUGACGGGUGGCUGCUUGAGGGAGCUCUGAAGAGGAUUCUGCAGCAGCAUGGGGCCGUGGCUUAGAUGAGGAGAGGGUUGUCCUUCUCACAGUACUGAUGUGUGAACUUAGAAAAUCAUCUUAGCUUUUUGAAACACCUUGUCUCUGCGCAGCUGGGCUGGAAAUCCUCAGGGCCUUCCAGGUACCUGCAUGGUCUAUGUCACCAUAAUUCAUAAGAGUUAAAAGUAUCAAAACAAUUUCUCCCAAGCCCCACGCUGUGUGUGAAAUCUCACUGAGGGAGUGCUAAGCUGAAUGUCUACAGUUUGCAUAUGGCUCCUAACCUGUGAGGGCUGUGGUCUCCUGUCUUGCAGGCCUGAGUGGCACAGUCCAAUUCCAGCCCUUGUGAUAGUUCUCUUCUGCACUUAUGAGCCCCACCCCCUUAGGGACUGACAGGUUAAUUGUCCCAGAGGAACAUAGUUGUGAUGGAAGGUCGUGGUAAUGGGGUGAGACAUGAACUCUUGGGUGGGUUGAGCCAAUCCAUGGGAGUGUUGGCUAUCCGGACAGAAAGCUUUAAUUGGACGCUUUUCGGAAGGGAGCUAGUGCAGACCAAAGGGGUGAGGUUGCGGGAGCUCUAGCAGGAUUUGCAGUUUCAUUCCUAGAUGUAAUAAGUUUCAGUAAUUGAGUCUGAAUCACUGACCUGGUCUGUGUCUAAGAGGAUGAUGUGGAAUCUUCUGACCAGCUGCAGAGGGGAAGUGGAUGUCUUGCAGAUGUGGCUUUUUUGGGCAUCUAAAAGGAGUAAAGAGUCCAGCAGGUUCUGGAGGCUGUGAACCCACGUAACAAUCUGUGGGCAGAUGUCUGCACCCUUCUGGGCUCCUGUCUUGGAGCAACCUUUGCCAUGAGGACAAGGACAGGAGGAAAGUGAGCAAAAGAAGUGAUUUGGACUUCUUGAACCUCAGAGAAAAGUUGGUGUGCUAUGGACUCCAUACUGUGGAGUUGUCAUGGACCCCUCCCAGCCCUAGCAUCCUGCCCCACAUGCUCCUGCCACGCUUGCUUUGACUGACUUUGAGUUGUGGGGGAGAGGAGGGAGGUGGAGUCUGGCAGGACUCUAAAGCUUUUCCUGUUUAAGUUUUUAAACCCUCUUUACAUCCUUGUUCAUCAGACUCUCAGGUGACACAGCAGCCCUCUGGUCAGCCUCCCAGGCCCUGGUAAAAUCUUGACAGGGCUAGAUGUCCCCUGGGGCAGAACUCCACUCCCCCGGGUCCCAAGUGUGGCAGUGGUUUUCUGUCUCUGUAGUUUUCUGACCAAACCCCGUCUCUGACCAAGUCCCUGUAUAAAAGGGGGAGUUCUCCAGCCCAGGCUCAUGUGUACCAGCUCAGCAGCAGUCCUGGUUUGAAUGGGCUCACAACCAGGGGCGGCUCUAGACAUUUCGCCGCCCCAAGCAC